GGGCCGGGACAGGACAGGACAGGACAGGACAGGGGAGCGCGGCUCCGUGUGUCCCGCAGAGCAGCGCUGGGCGCGCGGACAUGUCCUCGCCGCCCAAAGAGAAAGCGGAGACGCGCGCCGGGCACCCGCCUGCCGUGAAAGCUGGCGGGAUGCGGAUUGUGCAGAAACACCCCCACAAUUCUGAGGCCAAAGAAGAAAAAGAUAAGGAUGACCAAGACUGGGAAACCAGCAGCCCACCUAAACCAGCAGUGUUCAUCUCUGGAGUCAUUGCCAGGGGAGAUAAGGACUUCCCUCCAGCUGCAGCUCAGGUAGCUCACCAGAAACCCCAUCCUUCUGUGGAGAAGCUCCCUCAUCCGCAGCAUGUCAAGCAGCACAUCCACCAGCCUCGCAAGUGAGCUCUCCAUCAAAAGUCCCAGCCCAAAUGCCAUCAACGAAUCCGCUUCCAAGAGAGGAAUGCUAAUCCCAUUAGCAUUCAUGCUACCAAAUCAGCAAAAUUGGUCUCUAAAAUAAUGUGUUGCUUCUUUUCUCUAUGUAUGUUUCAUUCUCAAAGGUUAAUAAGAAUGGAGACAUUGAUCGGUUGUUAUCCCAGGUGGAAAUUUUCCCCCUUCUCUGUUACGUAUUUGCUGAUCAGGGGUGUUAUUCAGCUUCUCCAGUUUGCUUUUCUGUGAGACUCUCUUACUACAAAGGCAAAAAUUCAAAAUGAGUAAUAUGAUUAAUGAUUUAAAGAAAUUGUACUUUUAGCUCUGGCAUCACAGUAGCACAUACAUAGUUAAUGCAGGUUUUUUAUGCUAAAACAGUAAGAAUGAGGAACCCAUUGGUGCUGGUGCUUUUACGUUCUGGAGAAAGCUUGUAUAUUUGAUACAGAAAUUGGUGGUUGCCUUGAGGCCCCUUGAGGUCUUUAGUAUCCUAAGAAAUGAUACCUCAGCAGCAGUUGCAUCCAGUUUCAACUAAUAAGAUGAGAACAGGGUCCAGAUAUAUUCUCAAGGGGGCACAAAUUCAGCUGAAUUUUCCUUGUACUCCACUGCACUCACCCAAUCUUGUUGAAGUACUUCCAUGCAGGCUUUGCACAUAUGGAGCUCUCUGGGUACGAACGGGGUGAGAAAUCAGAAUUUCAGAAACACUUCUGCUGUCUGCAACACAUUUGUGAUCUCAUUUGUCUCACUAGGGGCUCUAUUUUUAUGAGGUGAUCAUUUCUCAAUUGCAAUAGCAAGCUGAAAGAGUUUGGGACCUUGCAGAAUUAAACUUAAAAAUAACCU